CGGAUCCAGAGGGUUCUCUCUAUUAAAUUAAUCUGAUUUCGUGUCCAGAAUAUGGUGCCAUUAAACCAUCGGAUUGGAAUUUAAUGAAUCUUAUUUAUAAAUAAAGCUUUUAUAUGUUCACUGCUGAAAAAUCCUUGGUUCUAAUAGAGGUUAAGAUGAUGGAAUAAAUUAAAUAUGGCGGACCGAACAUUUAUCGUGUUAAGAGCGCUUGAAAAAAAAAAAACAAAUAUUAAAAAGAUGCCCUAAGGAGGGUAAAUAAAAUAAUAAAGAUCGUUUUUUUUUUUGCGGCAAUACUGAACACGGCUCUGACACCGCGAAAGGUUCGGAGUCAAUCAGCGACCAUCGCAGCUGUGGUUCUUUCUUAAGUUAAUACGAAGAACCCAUGGAACGGUAAGACCCAUUGGUGCGCACGCCGCCAUAUACCUGCGAUCGGGUUUGAAUCGUAACCUAACAGUCAGUAGAGUAUUAGUUCGAAACACCUGUAGACGCUAGUAUGUGAUUGAAUAAUAAAUCCUGGUCAAGUAAUUAAGUAAAUGCAUGUUGCCACAGCAGGAGAGCAUGCAUCUCUCUCAAAUCCGGGCAGUGAGUCUGUGCACCAAAAUUAAGACUAAGUCCGCGUCGCGUAGUGUCGCUUCCAUAUCUUUGCAACCCUUUCCCUUGUGAAACGGCUUGAGCGAACAAAGGGGAUUGAUACGCAACACUACAGAGGCUGCAAUCGUAGGUCUCCAAUCUCCUUGAUGCCUAAAUGAACAGAAGCCAUACAAGUGCCAUAUCAAUAGACAUAAUCCCGCAAUUCAAGUGCAAUACUGCUGAAAGUGACUCAUAUUACUGUGAUAUCAACUUGCCAUAUAGAAAUUAUUAGCAAUGACAAGACGUAGCAUUAAAAGUUCAUCCAAUCACUCGUCGCCGAUUGGAUGUGAAAAUAGGAUUAUAGCAUCACCACCACCUCAAACAUCUCCCUCAGAAAGAUCGCCGAUGUCAAUGGCAUCACAUUCGCCGCCUUUGCUUGCUACCAUGACACCUGUCAAUGUUGUGGAUUUGAAAAAAGAAAUGGAAGAGGAAAGUGCCAUGGGGAGAAAUCCCGCUUAUAAUGAUGUGAAAACAGAAGUUUUGUAUGAAAAAGAAGAUGGGGAAAUUUAUGCUCAAAAUGUUCAGGGGAAAAAUAAUGAUACCGCCAUAGAUUUAAUAUACGAAGAUGGUAACAAAACAAUCAUAUAUAGCACUACAGCGGAUCAGAAAGGUUUAGAAAUAUACUCGGCUGAAAAUUCUAGCGAGAUUACUAUUAACAACAUCAGCGCUCAUCAAAUUCAAGCCGGACAACAAAUUAGUGAUGUUCUUAUUGACGGAAAUUCUGGAACAAUGAUAAAUCCGAACCGCGAAACUGUCGGCAGUCCAGCUGGUACUGUGUCAGUAGUACUGCAAGGUAACGGACAAGGAUUGCUUCAGUAUCCUUCUCAAGCGCAAGUUCCAGGUACUACAGUUUUAGUUCUUUCUGAGUUGGUUGAAGACGUUGGAGUACCAGUAGUUGGAUUAACCAGAAAAAGAAAAGAUACUGGGGAUUCGUCCUCGUUAGGUGGCAACGAGGAUUUACCGAUUGUAGCUCCACGUGGUAUGGCUGAAUUGCCCGAGGGGGCUACUCCUCCUGAAGAUCAGCAAACCUGGAGAGCUUACUACGAGCAUCCUUUAACUGCUGCUACGACUGCGAUGCUUAACAUUGGUGGCGGUGCCGAAGAUCAAACUGCAACUAUGGGAUUGAUUUAUGAAUAUUAUAAAUUGCCACCUUUACCUGGGGAUUCUAAAGAUAAAUUAGCUGAACUGUGGCCACCAAGUUCCCAGGCCGCAGGCAUCCUAACGUCGCAACUCAAGGCGACCAAUGGAUUAAUGAGCGGGGCGGGACUAGAACUGUCGACUCCGCCCAUGAACAGCGGUCAAUUGAGCUCCCAAGAGUUGCAAGGUUUAUUUAUUAACCAGCAAGUUGGGUAUGCACAGCCCGCGGGCACCGGCGGACAAAAUUUGCAGAUCGUGAAACGGGAACCCGAAGAUCUGAGCCACCACAGGAAACUGAAUUGUAGCUCGCCCAGUUCCGGAAGCCUAGAUGGCUCGAUAAUUAUUUCGAAACAAUCCCGACCCAAGGUGGUGCUUUUAUCGACUUCUGGUGGAACUCAUCCAGCAGAUUUAGUAGUGGAUGUAAAUGCAAUUAAAGACGAGAGUCACCGAGGACUUAAUUCUCCUCAGGACGGUUCUCGUUCAGUCAACGGAACCCCAACUUCGACUCACAGUAGUCUUCUGGCAGACGGAUCCAAUACGGGACCUAUAGAAUUUAUCUCUGCGGAUGGACUCAAACCAGCAAUGUAUAGCACACAAAUAUUUGCCUCCAUGAACAGCGCUGGUCAUAGUGGUAGUGGAACUCCUUCGCCGACUCCCUACAAUGAACAUAAUAUCCAAUAUAGCCAAAGUUCAAUGGGAGGUGUUCCUGUUGGUACUGGUGCAGCUAUAUACGCAACUUCCUCUGGAAGACCGUCAAGUAGCUCCGGUACAUUCUCAGUAUCCGCUGAUCCAUAUUAUCGGGAAUAUUUUACUACUGUUGCCUCCGGUGCAGGAACUCCUGAACCUGUAUACUCUACACAACUAAGACAAGGACAACUCACUUAUGGUGAAGAUGUAGCUAGUGGAGGAGCUACUAGUAGUUUUGUAGAACGUUAUGUUCGACAAUCCCAGUAUCAUGGAAAAGGAGUUAUUGCUGCUGCUGGACUUACCGUUGAUCUUCCCAGCCCAGAUAGUGGAAUCGGAGCUGAUGCCAUUACUCCUCGCGACCAGAAUACGUUGCAACAGUCGUUUGAUUACACAGAACUUUGCCAUACUAACUCCUCCCUUCUGGAUCCUUUAUCACUAUCACAAAGAGCUAACAGUAGUGCACAGUCUCCGGGAUCGCAAGGCACAACACGGAGUCGACCAUGGCAUGACUUUGGACGACAAAACGAUGCCGAUAAAAUUCAAAUUCCAAAAAUAUUUUCACCAUGCGGCUUUAAGUAUCACUUAGAAUCGCCUAUAUCCACUUCGCAGAGGAGGGAAGAUGACAGGAUUACUUAUAUUAACAAGGGUCAAUUUUAUGGAAUUACUUUGGAAUAUAUUCCAGAUCCUGAUAAGCAAUUGAAAUCACAGACUGUUAAGAGUAUUGUUAUGUUGAUGUUUAGAGAAGAGAAGAGCCCGGAAGAUGAAAUAAAAGCUUGGCAAUUCUGGCACGGUCGUCAGCACUCGGUGAAACAACGAAUUUUGGAUGCCGACACCAAGAAUAGCGUUGGACUGGUAGGAUGUAUAGAAGAAGUUGCGCAUAAUGCGAUUGCGAUAUAUUGGAAUCCUAUGGAAAGUCCAGCCAAAAUUAACAUAGCUGUUCAAUGCCUAAGCACGGAUUUCAGUAGCCAGAAAGGUGUGAAGGGCUUGCCAUUACAUUUACAAAUUGAUACCUAUGAAGAUCCCAGGGAUACAAGCGUCUAUCACAGAGGAUAUUGUCAAAUUAAAGUUUUCUGUGAUAAGGGAGCUGAAAGAAAAACUCGUGAUGAAGAAAGACGCGCAGCGAAGAGAAAAAUGACAGCAACCGGUAGAAAAAAGUUGGACGAGCUAUAUCACCCUGUAUGUGAAAGAUCGGAAUUCUACGCUAUGAGUGACCUUACAAAACCGCCAGUCUUCUUUUCGCCGGCGGAAGACAUCGAGAAGCUUACGUCAAUGGAACUCCAAGGCUUCUAUGCUCACGAAUCAGAUGGUUCUCUAUCAGGACCUGUUGAUCACGUAAAAUCUGGCUCGCCGUUCUUACUACAUACAGCUUCUAAGCCUCCUACUACACCAACGCUCAAAUUUCACAAUCAUUUUCCACCUGAAGCAGAUAAAAAAGAUAGCAUUUUAGAUACUAGUUUAACAACAGAUAGUUCAGUGUUUUCACCACCGCCAAAGAGAAGCAAACUUAUGAAUCAUGGAAGCGCAGGUCCGCCACCACUUAAUGAACGAGUCAUGUUGUAUGUGCGACAAGAAAAUGAAGAAAUUUACACACCCUUACAUGUUGUGCCUCCGACCACGCAAGGACUUUUGAACGCUAUUGAGAAUAAGUACAAAAUUAGCGCUUCAAGCAUUAAUAAUUUGUAUCGCAAAAACAAAAAAGGCAUUACCGCCAAGAUUGAUGAUGAUAUGGUAGCAUAUUACUGUAACGAAGACCUGUUUUUAUUAGAGCUCAAAGCUGUCGACAAGGAUCUAUAUGACAUAACAUUUGUGGAACUAAUGGACCACUAGAAAAUAUGAAAAUAUUUAAACUGAUAUUAUAAGGUACUUCUCUUAUUCACGUACUUAUUCUAAUUUUUUGUGAUUGUUUUUUAUGCAUUCCGAGCAAAUGUGUAAAAUUUUAUUAUUAAUUGUUAAUAAUUUGAUUUUUCUAAUAACUCUAUUUUGAUUUUUAUGAGUAAACUAAGUUGUUGUUAGAUUUUUCUUGUUUGUUUAUUUUUUUAUUAAAUUGACUUGGUCAAAAUAUUCCAUAUUUUAAAAGUUUAAGUUUAAAAGGUGGCAAUGCUUCUUUUAUUUUGGUUUUAUAAAAAGUUAUGUAGGUAUUGUGUUUGAGUACAAUAAUAAAAUGCCACAAAAGUUUACUAGGUUAAUUUUCAAAUGAAAGAAAAGAACAUUAUACUUUAUUUUGUCCUUUGGGUAUAUAUUCUUAUGUAGGAAGUUCCGUAAACUUAAUUUAAAAAAUAUUGUUUUACAGUAUUUAGAGAGAUUUUUCAUUAAAUGACAGAAUGUAUUUCUUUUUUUUGAACUUAUACGUGUUGGCCAAAAAAUUUCGUCAAACUCCGAUAUUUGCAGUAUACACUGAGAAAAUAAAUGUCAAACUAUAAAAAUAAGCAUACCUACAUUGCAGAGACUAAACAAAGGAUUUAUCAAGUAGGUAUGUACCUACCUAAUAGUUAAAUUCUUGCAAUAGUAUUUUUGAAGUGUAGGGCUACUCAUACUAGGGCUUCUCAGUUCCGAACUACUGCAAAUAUGGAGAUUAAGCUGAAAAGCUAUAAAAUAUAAUUCAGAAAAUUGAUUAGGAAGGCAUAGAGAAUUUCGACAAAUUUCGCAUUUUAUUAUUGUCAAUUCCUAUUAAAAAAACAAGUGGCAAAUGGGAUAAUUAUUGAUGUAAUAAGACAAAGCAAUAUUGUUAAUUAACAAUAAGGUACAGUCUACUUCAUCAAAAGAUAACAAACCAAAUAAUAAUUAUAAUAUCUUCAUACAAUCAAACAAUGUACUUAAUGCCAUAUUUUAAUUUUAAUCUAUUAGGAACAAAUAUUUGGUGAUGAUAACUUUUGUUGGUGAUUGUACCUUCACAAGCCCAUGAAAUGAUCUCAAAAUUAAAAUAUGUAUAUGUUUUAGUAAUGUGAACAUCACAUUUUUUAUGCAGAACCUAUAAGUUCUGUGUUGAAGAACAAUAUUAUAAUUUUAAAAGCAUCCAUUUUAUUUUGUAUAUAGUCUUAGUUUUUUUAUUUUACUUAUAUUGUAUAUAUAAUAACAAGUUUUAAUGUAAAAAAAAACACCUGUGGUGUUGUGAUAAGAACUACCUACCCAUUUAAAUGAUAUAAAAAUGAAGAAUGUACACAAAGGUUUAUGGUUUUAAUAAGUUUUGCCUUGGUGUCUACAUGAUAAUUAUUGUAUUUCUUUUAAAUUUUAUUAAGUGCCAAAUUUUUAUUUAAUUUUUUCAAAUUUAAACUUUGUUUCAAAAGAGAUUUAUUGAUAAAGUUUUUAGAAAUCCUUGGAAAAAUAAUCUCAUUUAAGUUUUCAAAAAAAAAAUUCACUGAAUAUGAACAAAUUAAGUGGUACCUGAUAUGCUUUAUGUAAUUAAUUUGUUUAAUUUAAGGUAUACAAAUAUUUUACAAAGACGUUUUGAAGUAUCAAAAUUUAUUAGAGAAUCUAUAUAAGCUUCAAAGGUACAAUUCUUCAGAUAUCUCAAAAUCUGGAUUAUCUUUUUUAUUUGUUUUUAUUGGUUUUUGUUCUGGUCUUAUUGAAGAAAAAAGAUUUGUAAUUGUAGAUGUCUAUUUUAUAAUUUAUUCCACAGGUACAACCAUUAUAGUCAGUUGUACUUUAUUCCAAUGUAAUUUGAUAUUAUUUUUUAGCUUAAGAUGGCUCUCUGUAUCCAAACUUUAGACAAGGUUGUUUUAGUUAAUUUCUAAGCAACGACUUUGCCAACAUCGGCUUAAAACAAAGUUGGUCGUGUUGGCUAUAUCCGCAAUAUUAAUUAGGUUUUUUUAUAAAUGUACGACUUGAUUUUUAUAAAUAAAUAUAUUAUAUAUUUU